AGAAACGAAGUCAAGAAGGCUCAAGAAGAAUCAAGAAGGCUCAAGAAGAAUCAAGAAGGCUCAAGACCGAAGACAAAGUGAAGAAUUAAGAUGAAAAUGAAGACAAUCGCAUUUCUGUUGUUGAUCAUUGGAUCAUUUCUCUUGGCUGCAAACGCUGCUGAAAGUAAAAGGGAAAAAAAAUGGCUGGGUCGCGCGGUAUAUACGUACGUAAAUCUCGUAGGGCUUGUGCAGUUUGGCAAAAUGAUUCGUUGUGAAACAGGAAAAUCUCCAUUUUCUUACAACGGCUAUGGUUGCUGGUGUGGCAAAGGAGGAAGUGGGACACCAGUUGAUGCAACAGAUAGAUGCUGUAAAAACCACGACCUCUGCUAUGCAAACCUUGAAAGGAGUGGUGUCUGUUGGAAAAAUGCUUGGUGGUAUACACCAUAUAUCCGCUACCGUUGUUCUAAAUGCUCGUGGUUUAACUUAAAAUGUGGCAAAAGACUCUGUCAAUGUGACCGGGCAGCAGUUCUAUGUUUCAAGCGAGCAUUAUCAACAUACAACAGGCGAUUCAAAGGCUACCGUUCAACAGGAUUCUGCCGCUAAGUUCAGGAAAUAUACUUUUUAUCAAUGGAUUAAUGAUUCACGUAGACACUAGACAGUAAACCGUGUAUGUCAAACCGUGUAUGUCAGUAGUUAAUUAGGUAGCCUGCUUACAGCCCGAAAUCGGGAAUUUCACUUCCAGACGGGAGAUGCAAGCAGGCUAAUAUACGUAGUUGGGUAGUUUUGAAUAUAACUCUUAUCAAGCAAACGAAA